GAGGCUUAUCCAGUUCCUUUUCCCUUUCUCUAUCUCUUCGGGCAGUCCAUAUCCGAGAAAAUACCCCUAAUCUUGAUUUUUCUCCGCAACCAAACAACUCCACCUCGAAUAUUCGCACACCGCUCACUCUUUCGCGUCACAUUACAUAUGGCCUUUCCCAAUCAAUUCAACCUCUAACUCCACCAUUCUCCGCUCAUCGGCAUCCUCCGUACGAUGUCCCUAAUCGCGCCGUCCGUCGAAGUCUCCUCCAUUUCCGGCCUCCGCCUGGAAUUCCCGGCCUACUUUAUCCCAAGGAGUGUCGGAAACCAAACAGUGCUUAAGAAGAACAGCAGGGGCGGGGUUAGGGUUUGCUCGAGGAUCAAAGAUUUUGAGGUUGGAAUAUCAGAACUAGGUCAUCGUAAUAUCGGGUUGUACGACGUGUUAGCAGCAGCUCCGGUGAAUCUCAGCACAACGUCGUUGCCGCCGAAGAAGAGCAAGGAGGAGGAGGAGGGGAAGCAGGAUUACUACGUGAACACGGGGUAUGCGAUUCGGACUCUGCGCGAGGAAUUUCCAGAGCUGUUCUAUAAGGAACUCACUUUUAAUAUAUACAGGGAGGAUAUUGUCUUCAGAGAUCCACUCAACACUUUUGUUGGAAUUGAGAACUACAAGGCAAUUUUCUGGGCCCUACGAUUCCAUGGAAGAAUAUUUUUUAAGGCCUUGUGGAUUGACAUCAUUAGUGUGUGGCAGCCUGUUGAGAACAUCAUUAUGGUCCGGUGGACUGUCCACGGCAUCCCCCGUGUACCAUGGGAGAGGCAUGGUAGAUUUGACGGUACUUCCGAGUACAAACUGGAUAAGCACGGGAAGAUUUAUGAGCACCGAGUUCAUAACAUCGCUCUGAAUGCACCACCCCCAAAGUUUCGAGUACUUGCUGUUGAUGAAUUGCUCCAAUCUAUUGGAUGCUCGUCAACACCAAAGCCCACUUAUUUUGAGAUUUCACCCUCUCCAGUGAUGAAUUCCUUGCCUUUAUUGGUGAAACUCGCAUGGGUUAGAGAAUACCUGACUUCCAUUUUUGCCUCUUCUCAAAGACACGAGGGAGGAUCAUCAACGAAGUAGGUGCUUAAAACCUCCAGAUUUUGGUGUAUGUUGGUGUAUUAUAUUGAGCUUUCACACCCUCUUAGGUUGUGUUUGGAUCAUGGACAUGUGGAGAAAUUUAUGGAGAGAGGGAAGAGGAUUAUGAAAAUUUGAGAAGAUCAUGAAGUGAAGAGUAAAAAAAGUGCAUUCCUAUGGGCUGGCUGUUUGUUUUCCUUUCUGUUCGAAUCCUAUCUUGAGUUUUUGAAUUAGUUGCUCUGUAUCGCAACAUGUCCCUGGUGUAAAUUUUGAGUGCUGUUUAGCCACUUCUUGUGACCUCUAUUUGUAGAGCAUGCUGAAAAUUCUCUGGGAGUUGCCAAGACUCAUAUUUUUAGUUCUAGCAAAUUUUAGGACUUGUCACCUCGCUGGGUAUACUUACUAGACUUCAUGUGGGCAUGUAUUAAGAUUGUGUAUAUAUAUUUCGUUGUAGAGAGGAAUGGUUAUAGCAAGUUACCUUUUCUUUGUUUGUAA